CGGGGAUCGCAUCGUUGAACUUCUGCCACGGACGUUUCGCUGCGUAGCUCUCACGUUCAACCACCACAGACGCAAUGCAUGCACAGGUUAGAGCGAACGUGCUUCUCUGCUCGCUUGUGGCGCUCACACAAGCCUUCUACGUGCCAGGCUUCUCGUACAAAAGCUAUCGCGAUGGCGACACAAUCCCUCUCCUCGUCAACAAGGUCUACUCGGACAACAGCCAGCUCCAAUACGCAUACGCCCAACUCCCCUUCACAUGUCCCCCGACCGGCCGCAUACGAUCAGGACGCUUCACAAGCGGCACCAGCAUCUCGCUCAACCUGGGCGAAGUGCUGCGCGGCGACCGCAUAACCGUCUCGGACUAUGAGCUGGUCAUGGGGACGGACGAGGAGGCGCGGUACCUCUGCAGCCACACCAUGGAUAUUGAUGGGUUGAGGCGGACAAAGGACCUCAUCCGCGACGGGUAUAAAACUGAGUGGAUCGUGGACAAUCUGCCUGGCGCCACGAGUCUGCAGACGACGGACAAGCAGAGGAAAUACUACGCUGCGGGGUUCAGGAUCGGGGAGGAGGUGAGGUCUGUGCAGGGUGGGCCGCCGCAGUAUGUUCUCAAUAAUCAUGUCACGCUUGUUAUUCGCUAUCAUCGCGCGCCGGGCAGGGAUGGGGAGAAGGGGAGGAAGGUGGUGGUGGGUUUUGAGGUCUUUCCGAGGAGCAUUACCGCGAGUGGGCGCAACGAGAGCGGGAUUCCGACGCUUCUGCAGAGCGAGCAGGAGCCGUUUCUUCUGGUCCCGCGAGGGAACAGUACGAGUGAGGAUGAUGAGUCGGAGGCUACCAGCUUGACUGCUCCUUUCACGUACUCGGUCUACUGGCGCGAAGAGGAGAAGUUGGAAUGGCAGAACCGCUGGGACAUGUACUUGAUGGCGCAAGAUGACAGCUCCAACAUCCACUGGCUGGCUAUUGUCACUUCGCUGGUCGUCUCUGGACUGCUGACCGUAGCAGUUGCCGUCGUCCUAGCGCGCACUGUUCGUGGGGAUAUCGCUGGCUCGCAAGAUGGCGUUCUGGGCGCAUCACAGCUGGCAUUGAAACCAUCAAAGUCUCCAACACGCGAGAAGGGCGGGCUGCUCGACAAAUUGGGCGACGUGGAGGGACGUGCCAGCCUCUCGGACGACGAAGACACCGAAGACAUCACAGGAUGGAAGCUCAUCCACGGCGACGUUUUCCGCACCCCACAACACGGCAGUCUCCUCGCCCCCCUCGUCGGCUCAGGCAUCCAGCUCCUCUUCAUGGCCAUGUGUCUGCUCAUCUUGAGCGCAGCCGGUAUACUAAACCCGAGUUUCCGCGGCGGCUACAUCAGCGUGGGCACAGGGCUCUUCGUCUUCGCAGGCCUCUUCUCCGGAUACUACUCCUCACGCAUCUACCGCACCUUCGGCGGCCGCCUCUGGCGGGAAAACGUCCUCGUCACCGCCUCCCUCGUCCCCGGCCUGCUAUUCGCCACCGUCUUCAUCCUCAACCUCUUCGUCUGGAUCCAAGCGUCCAGCACCGCCAUCCCCUUCGGCACCCUCAUCGCCCUCGUCCUCCUAUGGCUGUUCAUCCAGCUCCCGCUCGUCUACAUGGGCGGCUGGUACGGCUUCGAGCGCGUCGGCGCAUGGUCCCACCCCAUAAAACCAAACGCCAUCCCGCGCCAGCUACCCGCACAGCCCUGGCGCGUCAAAACCACACAAGCCAUCCUCCUCGCCGGCCUCCCGCCCUUCAUGGUCAUAUUCAUCGAGCUGACAUGCGCGUGCAACACCCUGUGGUCAGAUAAAAGCACCUACUACUACGCCUUCGGCUUCACCAGCAUCGUGGGCGCCAUCCUCGCCAUCGCCAUUGUAGAAGUCAGUGUCAUAGCCACCUACCUGCUGCUCUGCGCUGAGAACUACAACUGGUGGUGGCACUCCUUCCUCGUCGGCGCCUCCUCCGCGCUAUGGAUCUUCGCCUACCUCGUCUACUACUUCUUCUCCACCCUGCACAUCUCCGGCUUCGUAUCCGGACUGCUGUUCUUCGCGUAUGGCGCGCUGGCUUGUGCGCUUUAUGCCCUGCUGGCGGGCUCGUUGGGGUUUCUGGCUGCGUAUGCGUUUGUUAUGAGGCUUUAUGCGGCGGUGAAAAUUGAUUGA